CACAACCACUGCCCCACCACCCAAGGCUUACACACCGUGCCAUCCUCAUUUACUUUGCUCAUCCUUUCAUCAUUGCUUCUCAACCCUCGAUUAACUUCAACUCUUCGGCAUCGCAGUAACUUAAUAUGAGAGUUCAGCCUCUUGUGCCUUGAUUUGCGGUGCCAGACCGUCCUUUUCCGCCAUGGCAAAUGAAACAGACGCCGACUCUGCCUAUGGCGACAGUAUUUUCAGCGACACGACCUCAUUAAGUUCCAGCGUGAUGAACUAUCAGUACGAAAAUGGUCGUCGCUAUCAUUCUUACAAGGCUGGCAAAUAUUUCGCACCCAAUGACGAACGAGAACAAGAACGAUUAGACCUGCUACACCAUGUUCAAUCCAUGAUCUUGGGCGGAGAACUACACCGAGCGCCCAUUGAAAAUCCUCAGAGAAUCCUCGACAUCGGCACGGGCACAGGCAUCUGGGCCAUCGAUGUUGCCGACAAAUUCCCAGAAGCAGAAGUCAUCGCCACAGAUCUAUCACCCAUACAACCCACUUGGGUGCCACCGAACUUGCAAUUCAUGGUCGACGACUGUGAGGCCGAAUGGACCUUUCAAGACAAGUUCGAUUGGAUCCGAAUCGGCAAUAUGGGCGGAUCAAUUGAGGAUUGGCCACGACUCUUCCAGCAAUGCCUGGAGAACCUCAAACCUGGCGGCUGGUUGGAAGUCAUGGAUCUCGAAGCGUGGGGAUCAACCGAUGAUAACAGUCUUCCGGACGAUAGCUCUUACAACAGGUGGCAGCAUGAGCUUAGCAAUGCUUCUGCUUUGACCGGGAGGGUCAUGAACGUGGGUCCCCAAAUCAAAGGCAUGGUGGUCGAUGCAGGCAUUCAGAAUGUCCAAGAAGAGAUAUACAAGUGUCCACUCUCGCCGUGGCCAAAAGACAAACGAUUGAAGGAAAUUGCUAAGUACAUGCUCCUGAACCUUAUGGAGGCAGCUCCUGCAUACAGUUUGGCUCUUUUCACUCGAGUACUCGGAUGGCAAAAGGAAGAUGUCGAGGUUCUUAUGGCUGGAGUCAGGUCUGAUCUGAACAACAUGAAGUAUCACUUGCAUACCAAGUUACACAUUGUGUAUGGCAGAAAAGCGUCAUGAUCGAGUCGAGUAUUCAGCGUUAUGAUCAAAGGCGGAUAGGUAUCUUUCAGCAAGCAGGAAAAGUUACAUUAUGCUAGGGACAGUGCAAGCGGGAAGGACAGCACCAGGUUUAUGUUUUGCAGCGAUAUCAGAUUAGCGGUCGCUGGCACCACGUCCACUCGAGACGGAAUGAAUACUACUUUUUUAUCA